AUGUCUUGGAUCUCGUUCACGGCCAUUGCACUGGUGGCAUCAUUGCUCUGGAUCAUCAUCAAGAAUCUCUACUUGAGUCCUCUAUCCAAAUUCCCUGGGCCUAAACUAGCAGCAUGCACGGAUCUUCUCAAUUUAUACUGGACCACGACCGGACAGCACCACUACAAGCUCAAGGAGCUUCACGAUAAGUACGGCGAUGUCGUCCGCACUGGUCCCACGACCCUCAUCUGGCGCAGUCCCCAGGCCUGGAAAGACAUCUACGGCCACCGCAAGGCCGGCGCCAGCUCCUUCCUGAAAGACCCCAAGUUCUACCUUCUGGGCCCGCGUGGCCCGACCCUGCUCAACGCCGACGAUGCCACUCAUUCGCGCGGACGCCGCCUACUCUCGCAUGCCUUCUCGGAGAAGGCCCUCCGCGACCAGGAGUCCCUGAUCCAGUCCUACGUCGACCUCCUGAUAGACCGACUGCACGGUGAGAUCACCGCCUCUCGUGCCACUGUCGAUAUGACCCGCUGGUACAACUUCACCACCUUCGAUAUCAUCGGUGACCUCGCCUUUGGUGAGCCCUUCGACUGCCUGCGUGAAAGUCAGUACCACCCUUGGGUCAAGGCGGUGUUUGUCAGCGUGAAGGUGACUGUGCUGCGCCGCCCAUUGGCCGUGUAUCCCUUCUUAGCCCCUGUUGUCAACGCCAUGAUGCCGGCGCGCCUGCUGAAGCUGCGCGAGGACCACUUCGCCCUGAGCGCGGAGAAGGUGCACCGACGCCUGGAGAUGGAUAGCGAGCGACCCGAUUUUAUGACCCAUGUACUACGCUUCACGGGUGACCGCGCUAUGACCACUAGAGAGAUGGAGGCCAAUGCCUCUCUGCUGAUUCUCGCUGGCUCCGAGACGACCGCCAGUCUGCUCUCGGGCAUGACCUACUACAUGCUCAGUACGCCGGAUGUUUACCAGAAACUGGUCGACGAGAUCCGUCACUCGUUCCAGUCCUAUGAGGAGAUCGAUUUCCUGGCUGUCGGCCAGCUAGCUUAUCUUAAUGCAGCGUUGGAGGAAAGCCUGCGCAUCUAUCCUCCUGUUCCAGCGACGAUUCCCCGGAUCGUACCGAAGGGCGGGGCUAUGAUCGAUGGGAAGUUUGUCCCAGAAGGAACCUCCGUGUCCGGCGCCCACUAUUCCACUUACCAUGCGGAAUCCCACUUCGCCGAUGCAGACUCGUUCAUUCCGGAACGUUGGCUGGAGAACAGAGACAAACGCUUUGAAGCAGACUGCCGGGGAUCACUUCAGGCAUUCUCGCUCGGGCCGCGGAAUUGCCUCGGGAGAAACCUUGCCUAUGCUGAAAUGCGAUUAAUCAUGGCGAAAAUACUCUGGAGCUUUGAUAUGACCUUAGGAAAAGCCUUGGCUGAUUGGCAUAUCCAGAAAGCGUAUAAUAUUUGGGAGAAGAAGCCACUGAUGGUGACCUUGUCACCAGUGCAGCGUUAA